AUGGCCAACGUGUCUGGGCCUCUGAGUCUGACUCAUCUGCAGCUGCAGGCCAUGCGGCUGGCCAUCACAGAGGAGCGUAUCUUCAAGAUGUUCCUGGUGCUGGGGACCCACGUGGUCUUUAUCUACAUCAACCUGGCCAUGCUGUUUACCCUGUGGAGCAAACCCUCAUUCCGCCACACCGCCCGCUACAUCCUGUUUGCCCACAUGCUGUUCAACGACACCAUCCACCUGGCUAUCACCCUGGCUCUCUACAUGCUGGGGAGCUUCUAUCUGUUUGUGGUCCGCGUUGCCUGCGCCUUCAUGGUGCUGCUGUCUUCCUGCACUUUCACCAAUGGCCCCCUCAACCUGGCUGUUAUGUCCCUGGAGAGGUACACAGCCGUCUGCUUCCCGCUGCGGCACAGUGAGCUGGCCACGCCCGGGAGGACCCAGCUGGCCGUGGGGCUGGUGUGGGCGCUGGGCGUCAUCAACGUGCUAAUCGAUGUGUGUGCUCUCUUCCUCACAGAGCCGUCCUUCUUCUUGUCACCUGCGCUGUGUACCCUCGAGCAUCUGCAGACAGCUGGAUGGCAGCGGGAGAAGGGUGUGGCCCUGAAUACACUGCUGUUUGUGACAGUAACAGCUGUGCUGGUUUACACCUACGUGGCCAUCAUGCUGGAGGCCCGGUCCGCCUCAUCCUCUGAACCUGGGUCGGCACAAAGGGCCAUGCGUACCGUGCUGCUGCACGCGCUCCAGUUGGGUCUGUCCAUCAUGUCCUUCAUGUAUGUGGUGCUGGAGUCCCUGCUGGCCAAACUGCCCCCAGCCGUCUACACACAGAUGCGCUUUAUCAACUUCAUGGUAGUGCUGAUCCUUCCGCGCUGCCUGAGCUCCCUCAUCUAUGGCCUGAGGGACGAGGCCUUCAGAUCAGCCUUCAGACAACACUUAAUCUGCUGCUCUGUUAGGAGGGUGGAGCCCCCACACAGAUCACUAAACACUAACAUAUAG